UAAAGAAUGAAGACGAAGACGGGGAAGAGGAUGAAGAAGGAUGAAGAAGAAGAAGAAGAACAAGAAGAAGAAGAGGAGCCAAGACAAGACAGCAGCUGCAUUCAAGUCUCCAAGAGCAUCAACACGACAAAAGAAGACAUCCUGACCAAACCCCCAACCCAACGUUCUGUCUUGUCUUUUUUUAUCUUUUAUCUUUUACCACCAACAGCCGACUACUACGGGCUGGGAAUGAAUCCCCAUCAAUUGCUGAGGAGCAGAGAGGUUGGUGCAGGGCAACACCAACAAACUUCGCACUAUCACAUCCACCAGUCUGGCUCGGCUGCGGAGUUUGGGAUUAGUAUUCGAGAUACUAUUCGUCUCAUCGAGCGAUUAGCUACCAGUCCACGGUUUAGCGGACCUACGGCCAGCAACUUGCAAGAAAAGGCCUUCCGAUUCUUGCCUGCUUCCCCCGUCCAAUAUUAA